UAAGACUUAAGAGUUGAUACCCACAUUAUUUUCUAUUCUUUUUCUCAUAGUGCAAUCAUGGCUUUCUGCUUUCGUCCAUUCCUCAUUUUCCUUAUAAUUUUUGUAUUAGAAAACUCAACAACACAUGUAGAUGCAUUUGCAAACAAUGUCACUGAUCACCAAGCUUUGCUUUCUUUCAAGGCUUCCAUAACAGAUGAUCCAUUGGGUGCACUAGACUCAUGGAACAACUCCAUCCACUUCUGUGAGUGGAACGGCGUUACAUGCAGUAGCAGACGACAGAGGGUAACAGCAUUGAAUCUCACCUAUCAACACAUGACGGGUACCUUGUCUCCUAAUAUUGGUAAUCUCUCCUUUCUCCGCGGAAUUUACCUCUAUGAAAACAAUUUUCACGGCUUAAUCCCAAAUGAAAUUGGUCAACUCUUACGUCUAAAAGAACUUAAUCUUGGAUACAAUUCUUUUCAGGGUAUAUUUCCUCCCAAUUUGAGUCAGUGCGUAGAUCUCAGAAAGUUAAGUAUGUAUAGCAACAAUCUAAAAGGAAAACUACCUACUGUGUUUACUUCCUGGCCAAGGCUUUAUUUGGUUUAUCUUGGAAAGAACCAUUUUACUGGAUCCAUUUCACCUUCAAUAGGGAAUUUGUCUUCUCUUCACGGGCUUCGUCUAGAAAUUAACAAUCUUGAAGGGCAUAUACCUGUGGAAAUUGGUCAUCUUAAAAAAUUAGAAUAUCUUGAUUUAUCAGUAAACAAUUUGUUGGGUGUGGUUCCCCUUCCACUUUACAACAUUUCAUCACUCUUUAGUGUUAGUCUAAGCGUGAAUGAGUUGGCAGGAACACUUCCAACAGAUUUGGGAUUCACCCUUCCUAAGCUGCAAGAAUUCUACGUUGGACGGAACAAAUUUUCAGGUCCACUUCCACCAUCAAUAAAUAAUGCAUCCAAUCUUGUUGAUUUUGAAAUCGUUGAAAAUAAUAUCACCGGGCCUAUACCAAACAAUUUGGGUAGCCUUCCUAAUCUCCAAACCUUAGGUCUGGGUCAUAAUUUACUUGGAGAGAGUAUGCGACCUAAUGACUGGAGCUUCUUUAAUUCUUUGGUCAAUUGUACCAAUCUAAGGAGACUGGGCUUACAUGAGAGUAGUUUAAGAGGGGUGCUCCCAUAUUCCAUUGUAAAUCUAUCCACCACUAUGGAGGAAUUGUAUUUGUAUGGAAAUCUCCUGUAUGGAAGCAUACCCCGUGAAAUUGGAAAACUUGUGAACAUGAGAGUACUUAAUUUGUAUGAGAACUUGUUAACAGGGACCAUUCCAGAAUCAGUUGGAAAGCUAUCUAAGUUGAGCGGACUAGGUUUGAAUAAUAACAACAUUUCAGGAAUGAUUCCCACUUCAAUAAGCAACAUCACUCAAUUAUACGGGCUCAGGUUACAGGAUAAUAAACUCCAAGGAAGCAUACCUACUCAAUUGUUUAACAUCUCAACGAUGGAGCAAUUUUCACUCGCUAACAACAGGCUUAGAGGUGUACUACCUGAGGAAGUUGAGUAUCUUUCUAAAUGUUAUUACCUUGAUUUUUCACAAAAUCUAUUCACUGGGCCACUUCCAUCCAAAAUUGGAAGCUUGAAACAAUUGGAUGUAUUAGAUCUUUCAUACAACAAACUUACAGGAGAUAUACCCUCUACUCUAGGUGGCUGUGUUAUGUUGGAAGAACUAUAUUUGGAAGGAAACUUUUUUCAAGGUAAAAUUCCAACUUCUUUAAAAGCUCUGAAAAAUUUAGCACUUCUAGAUCUUUCAAACAAUAAUAUCUCCGGGAAUAUUCCCACAUUUUUUGACGGGUUUCAUCAAAUUAUAUUCCUCAACCUGUCGGACAACAAGCUGGGAGGUGAAGUGUCAAAAAGAGGUCUCUUUUCAAACGUUAGUGCUUUUUCAGUCAUUGGGAAUUCGGAGCUUUGUGGAGGUAUUCAAGCAUUGCAUUUGGAUGCUUGUCCUGUAAAUGUCUCCAGGAAUAAGAAAAAAUCAUUAGCCCUGAGAAUAGUACUACUUCUAGUUCUUGUACCCCUCGGGGUCUUGUCAGCAUGUCUUGCCUGCAUUUGUUAUCGACGAAGAAAUUCCAAGAAGCUGGAUGACCAUGUACCAGUAUUGAAGGAAAACCAACACAUUCAGCUUUCAUACCAAGAUCUUCUCCUGGCUACUAAUGAGUUUUCCCCAAGCAAUUUUCUAGGUGAAGGAAGAUAUGGUUCAGUUUACAAAGGAGCUCGCGAAUCGGUGGAGCACAUACUUGCUGUGAAGGUACUAAACGUUGAAGUACAUGGAGCAAACAAGAGUUUCUUGGCUGAGUGUGAAACGUUGAGGAAUAUUCGUCACCGGAAUCUUAUUAAGAUCAUCACAGCAUGCUCUAGCAUAGAUUUCAAGGGCAACGACUUCAAAGCGUUGGUUUUUGAAUUCAUGACUAAUGGAAGUCUAGAUAGCUGGUUGCAUCCAAGUCCUUCCUAUCAAGGAAAUGAAAGAAACUUGACUCUAUUUCAGAGACUAAAUAUUGCCAUUGAUGUCGCACAGGGAGUGGAUUACCUACAUCAUCACAGUCACACAAGUAUCAUUCAUUCUGACAUAAAGCCACAAAAUAUUCUUCUUAAUGAGGAUUUUGUUGCUCAUAUAGGUGAUUUUGGUUUGGCGAGGUUUACCUUUGCUACUACAAGUGAUAUCAAUCAAACACAAAUGAGCUCAACUGGUGUCCAUGGAACAGUUGGAUAUAUUCCUCCAGAGUAUGGAAUGUUUGGAGAGAUAUCUAUAGAGGGAGAUGUAUACAGCUAUGGAAUUCUUUUACUAGAAAUUUUCUCAGGGAAAAGGCCAACAGAAAACAGCAUAUUAAUAGAUGGUGUUGGUAAUCUUCAUGACUACGUGAAGAAGGCACUCCCGCAAAGAGUGAUGGACAUUGCAGAUCCGCGUACAUUACUAGAUCAUGAAGAACAUGGAUCAACUGUCAGUCAAACACACAGCAGGGCUAUGAUGGAGGUAUGCCUGGAAUCAAUAUUUGAAGUGGGGUUAUUAUGUUCGGAAGAGAUGCCACAAAACCGCAUUGACAUUUAGUGUUGCUAUUAGGAAGCUACAUAUAGCAAGAGACAAACUUCAGCAGCGCAGACACUCCUAAUGAUAUAACUUUGGAUGUAUGUUACUUGACUUUGAAGCAUUACAAUAUUAUCAUCAGGUUCCCUUGCUAUUUUGUAUUGGUUAGUUAGGAUCUAUAUUGCCUAAUUUGUACCAGUGUACUUGGCACUGAUGCUUAAUUCUGUGCAGUUGUUAAACCAUUUUAUGAUAAGGUAAUUAGUGAGACACACAACUUAGGUUUGGGUCCGAA